GACGGUUUUGGCUGUCGCGAGCGGAUUGUCCCAUUUUGGUCAAGGUGGCACAGCUUUUUACCAUUCAGUCGACUCAUCGCUGGAGCAGAGUGAUUACACACAGCGGCUUGUUGCUUAUGAAGUUUUACAUCCUUUCCAAACUCAAGUCGAACUCUAUCCAGACAUUACACGUGUGCUUUAAACAAUUACAAGAUGGCGUGGGAAGAACCUCGUAAGACCGGUAUGCAAUACCGUCGCCUAGGUAACUCUGGGCUGCACGUCUCAGUACUCGGUCUAGGAGGAUGGCUCACAUUUGGUGGCCACGUCGAAAAUGAACGCACGUUCUCCAUCAUGAAGACCGCAUAUGAUAACGGCAUUAACUUUUUCGACACUGCCGAAUCGUAUGCCGGAGGUCAAUCUGAGAUCAUCAUGGGCCAGGCCAUCAAGAAGUUUGGCUGGAACCGUAACGAUCUUGUAAUUUCCACCAAGCUCAACUGGGGCGGUGCAAAUGGAGAAGUCCUCGUAAACAACCACGGUCUUUCACGUAAGCACAUUAUUGAGGGACUUCGUGCGUCGCUUAAACGUAUGGACCUGGAGUACGUUGAUAUCGUGUAUGCGCAUCGUCCUGAUCGCCUUACGCCCAUGGAAGAAACCGUCCGCGCCUUCAACCACGUGAUUGAGCAGAAGGGCUGGGCCUUGUACUGGGGCACAUCCGAAUGGUCUGCAGACGAGAUUGCUGAGGCUUGCGGUAUUGCGAAACAGCUGGGUCUCAUUGCACCAAUUGUCGAACAACCACAGUACAAUUUGCUUGAGAGGAAAAAGGUCGAGAGCGAAUUUCAACGCCUAUACUCGCGUUUCGGACUUGGUCUUACUACCUUUUCGCCGCUGAAGUUUGGCCUCUUGAGUGGAAAGUACAACGACAGCCCAGAUGCACCUCCAGCAGGCUCAAGAUUUGCCGAGGGCAACGAUAAGUUCGUUAGUGGAAUGCGGGAUAGCUAUGGAAACAGCGAGUGGAGCAAUAUGAUCAACAGCGCCAAGGCUCUCAAGCCAGUUGCAGACAGCCUAGGUGUCAGCCAAUCGCAGCUGUCGCUCGCGUGGUGCUUGAAGAACCCAAACGUCUCUGCAGUCAUUACAGGUGCCUCAAGGCCCGAGCAAGUCGUCGACAACUGCGCGGCUUUGAAGGUCAUUGAUAAGCUCACGCCAGAAGUGAUGGAGAAGAUCAACGAGAUUGUUGGACACAUUAAGCUCGACCCUGCGCGUCAAGAUUAGACUGUCUGUUGAUGUAGAAUAAUGACAUUCUUGAGAGAAAACUUUGGGGAAAUUGCUAAGUAAUGUUGAAAAAGAUGUGUAGUCAAAUAUCUCAGGAAAAAAUCUGUGAACU